UUAGGACUCUGGUCUCAAGAACAGAAGUCUGUGUCCAAGCAUCGUGUAACGAGCAGGAUCACAUGCUGCAGCUGGACAAGCGAUGGACUUCAUCUGGCACUUGGCAUGAUUAGUGGGUCCAUCUCAAUACGAAACAGGACUGGAGAAGAGAAACAUCGUAUAGAAAGACCAAAAGGAAACUUAUCACCUGUAUGGGGUGUGUGCUUUAAUCCUGUAAGAGAAGAUGAAGCUGAUGUUUGGGGUGAUGUCUUGGCAGUGGUUGACUGGAGCAGAACAUUGUCAUUUUAUAAUCUUGCUGGAAAACAAGUAGGAAAAGAACGUCAUUUGGGUUUUGAUCCAGUUUGUGUCAAUUUCUUUUCUCAUGGAGACUACAUGAUCAUCAGUGGAUCGAACAAGGAAGCAGUGUUAUACACUAAAGAGGGCGUCCUGGUUGGGAUUGUAGCAGAACAAGAGUCAUGGGUAUGGUGCUGUAAGCCUCGACCAGACUCAAACCAAGUUGCAGUUGGAUGCCAGGAUGGAACAAUAGCAUAUUAUGAACUAGGAUUCUCAACUGUUCACAGCUUGUACAAGGAACGUUAUGCAUAUAGAGAAAAUAUGAGCGACGUGAUCAUCCAGCAUCUGAUUACAGAAGAGAAGGUGAGGAUUAAGUGUCGAGACUUAGUGAAGAAGUUGGCUGUUUAUAAACAUCGACUUGCUGUUCAGUUACCUGAAAGAAUAGUAGUAUACGAACUUACUAAAGGGGACAGCAAUGACAUGCAUUACAAAGUCAAGGAAAAAAUUAACCAGAAAGUUGAAUGCACACUGUUAGUGGUUUGUACUAACCACAUCGUGCUAUGUCAGGAGAAGGUGCUCCAGUGUUUGUCUUUCCAGGGAGUGAAAGAACGAGAGUGGAUAAUGGAGGCAGCUAUCCGAUAUAUCAAAGUUACAGGUGGUCCACAAGGGAAAGAAGGAUUACUUGUUGGCUUAAAGAAUGGGCAAAUUGUAAAACUUUUUGUGGACAACCCGUUCCCUCUACCAGUGUUGAAAAUUGCCUCAGCUGUAAGAUGUUUAGAUUUAAGUGCUACAAGAAAGAACCUAGCUGUAGUAGAUGACACAGGCAUUUGUUUGGUGUAUGACAUUAACACCAAGGAGCUUUUAUAUCAGGAACCCAAUGCAAACAGUGUAGCAUGGAAUAGUCAGAAUGAAGAUAUGCUGUGUUAUUCUGGAGCGGGAUUUUUAAAUAUCAAAGCUCGUGAUUUUCCAUCCCAUCAGCAAAAGUUACAGGGUUUUGUAGUUGGGUUCUGCGGAUCAAAGAUAUUCUGUCUCCAUAUGAAUCGUAUGUCUACGAUUGAAGUUCCGCAGUCUGCACCAAUGUACCAGUAUUUGGAGAAGAAGAUGUUCAGUGGGGCUUAUAAAGUGGCCUGUUUAGGAGUUACAGAAGGUGAUUGGCAUGCACUUGCCAUGGCAGCAUUAGAGGAAUUAGACCUACAAGUAAGCAGAGAGUCAUUCAUCAGGAUCAGAGAUGUUCCUUACCUGCAACUGAUUCAGAACUUCGAAGAACGAAAGAAGAAAGGUGAAUCAGAUACAGUGUUUCUGGCAGACACACUUGCUUACCAAGGAAAGUUUGCAGAGGCUGCUAAACUUUACAAACGAGCUGGAAACGAAAGCCGAGCAAUGACAAUGUACACCGAUCUACGAAUGUUUGAUCAAGCCCAGGAGUUCCUGGGAUCUGAUGACGUACAAGACAAGAAAAUGUUGAUCAAAAAGAAAGCAGACUGGGCACGAAAUAUCAAUGAACCAAAAGCAGCAGCAGAAAUGUACUUGUCUGCUGGAGAAACUCUGAAGGCUAUAGAAAUCGUGGGAGAGAACGGAUGGGUUGAUAUGCUAAUGGACAUCAGUCGUCGAGCUGACAAAGCAGACCGAGACGCCCUUAUGUUGUGUGCCAGCUAUUUGAAACAGCACAAGCAGUAUGCGUACGCUGUGGAAGUCUAUCGCAGAAUGGGGGACAUCCCAUCCCUUCUGCAACUGUAUGUUGAGGCCCGCCAGUGGGAAGAGGCAUUCAUUGUGGCCAAUCAGCAUCCUGAUUACAAAGAAGAUGUUUAUGUUCCAUAUGCUAAUUGGCUGGCUGAAAAUGAUCGUUUUGUGGAAGCUCAAAAAGCUUUCCAUAAAGCUGGUCGAGAAGACGAAGCUUUAAGAGUGCUGGAACAGCUAACUCAUAAUGCUGUCAAUGAAAAAAGGUUUAGUGAUGCUGGCUAUUAUUAUUGGUUGCUGUCAAUGCAGUGUUUGGACAUUGCCCGGGAUGGUAAUAACCAGAAUGAAAAAAUGAUAAACAAAUUUUGGGACCUUCAGCGCAAAGCAGAAAUCUAUUAUGCUUACCACAACGUUCAUCGAUACAUUGAAGAACCUUUUACUUCGUUUCUGCCCGAAGCUUUAUUUAACAUGGCCCGUUACCUGAUUCACCAAAUGUUCAGUGAUACUUUGGUUGGGGUUUCAAAAGUAGCUAUUUUGUAUGCCCUAGCCAAGCAGAGCCGUAAUCUAGGGGCUUACAAGUUAGCUCGGCAUGCUUACGACAGACUGCAAAACUUGCGAGUGUCGCAACGGUUUCAAGAAUCGAUAGACUUGGGAGCCGUGACUAUAAGAUCAAAGCCGUUCAGCGAUGUUGAAGAACUAUUACCACUUUGUUACCGCUGCUCGACAACAAACCCAUUGCUAAACAAUCAGGGAAACUGUUGUAUUAACUGUAGACAACCUUUUGUUCACUCUUUUGUCUCGUUUGAAAUCCUGCCACUAGUAGAGUUUGUUUUAGAAGAUGGUAUUACAGAUGAAGAGGCUUUACGCUUGCUAGAAUCAGAUAGCUCAAUUUUGACUGAACAACCUUCAUGGCUUGAAGAAAGUGGUGGAAAGUAUCAGUCUUUGCGUAUUGAUAGUAACAUAGAAAACGAUCUGGACGCCGAUCCUUUUACUGCACAGCUGAUGAGUUUUGAGGAGGGAGGUCUGGAAUUUAGCCCAGUUGUAGCCAGUCGAUCGGUGUUACAAAGCAUGAAACAUUCAGAUGUUAUCAUUAGCAAAUGGCAAUCGCCACUUCAUUACCGGUAUUUCCGGAACUUAAUGCCAGAUGUUCAGAUUACAAAGUGCAACUCUUGCAAUCAGCUUUUCCACAGUGACGACUAUGAGCUACAAGUCCUGCAGAAAGGUUACUGUCCAUUUUGUCGCUACAACCCUGAAGAAAGCCAAGUUACAGAUAACUAGUGAAACACAACUCUGGUGUUUCCCUAGUAUGUUUCCGUCCAACACUUAAUCUAACAUUGUUACAAUAUGAUGCCCGCACACAGCUCAACCUUACUGCCUCGUACAGGGUGGAUGUAAAAAAAAAAUGAUGUAUUAAUUUUAAUGUUAUUAUUUAACUGUAUCCCUUUUGUCUGAAAAUUUUAAAACAUUCAAUUUGAGGUAAUGAGUACAGUGAUUAAAUAUUGUAAAAGUCUCACUUUAUCAACCCAGUUCUAUUACAUUAUCUUAAUUCUGCCUUUUGUUUAUGGUAUUAUAAUUUUUUAAUUCUCAUCCAUUAAUAAUGAAACUGUACAAUUUAUUUUUAUUAAUUGUAAAAAAGAAAUAGGGAAUUUAUGAAGAUGUUAAUGAAAUACUUGUAAAUAUCUGAAUAUCCCUAUGUUCUGCCACUUUCACAAUGUGCAUGUUUGGUCUGUUUCUCUCUUUUUUUUAAUAUAAUCUGUAAGACUGUGGCAAAUUUAGGUAAUCUCAAGUCAAUAUUAGCAAUUUUUAAUGUCUUUUUUUUUUUUGGAACUUCCUGAAAUAUUUAAUAAGUGUAUAUAUUGAAUACACUUGAAUUAAUAUGUAAUAUCUUAUGUCAUGUAUAGAAUGAUGAUCGUUUUUAGAUUUAGUAUGAUUCUCCUGGAUUUCUUAACAGUUAUAAUUGUGGUUUUUGAACAGAUCACAUGUAAAGGUUCCAUGUUGUUUUAUUAAUUUAUAGACACAGAUUUUCUUAAUUCAACAGCCAUGAAAAGCUCAGUGCUAAUUAUCAACAAUUACCUAGUAAUUAAGGUAGCAAGUUUAAUAAACCAGUCUAUCUAGGAAUAUGUAUUGUUAUGAAACAUUAAACAGUUGGUUACC